CCUCUCUCCUCUGCUGCCUCAUCGUCUCUGCUCUCAGAGACGUUCAGAGGCAGCGGCUCAGCGGGCGACAGGAUGUCAGCUCCAGCUGACACAGACAGGACGUCUGAAGAGGAGGAGGAGGAAGAAAAAGACGGAGCAGAGACACAGAAACAUCAGACACACACAGAGGAUAUGAAGAGUCAGAGCUGAGGACAGAGACAGAGACAGAGACACUGCAGCAGGGAUACAGCAGGACGUCUGCACCGCUUCAGCUGUUCAUGAAGGUUGGCCAUUCGAGCUGAGCCGAGCCACAAACACACAGGACGAGCUGCAGCAGAGUCGCCAUGAGUCUGGACGAGGACGCUCGCUGGCUGGAGUGGGUCACCAAACAGUUUGAGAGCAUCGCAGGAGACGACAAAGAGAUUGACCUGGACGAGUUUAAGACUGCUCUGAAGGUCAAAGAGUCUUUCUUUGCCGAGCGUUUCUUUGCUCUGUUCGACUCGGACGGCAGCAGCUCCAUCAGUCUGGACGAGCUGCUCAAAGCUCUGGACCUGCUCAUCCACGGCAGCGAGACCGACAAGCUCAGGUUCCUGUUCCAGGUGUACGAUGUCGACGGAAGCGGUUCCAUCGACCCGGACGAGCUGAGAACGGUUCUGAAGUCGUGUCUGCGUGAAAGCGCCAUCUCUCUGCCGGAGGAGAAGCUGGAUGACCUGACGCUGGCUCUGUUCGAGUCGGCCGACAAAGACAACAGCGGCGCCAUCACCUUCGAGGAGCUGAAGGCCGAGUUGGAGACGUUCCCCGAGGUGAUGGAGAACCUCACCAUCAGUGCAGCUAACUGGUUGAAGCCUCCUGAUCUGGAUCAGAAGAAGCGUCAGACUCCUCGGUACCUGACCCGGGCCUACUGGCACAACAACAGCAGGAAGUUGUUGUUCCUGUGCGUCUACGCCUGCCUCAGUCUGCUGCUGUUUGUUGGAGCUGUGCUACAGCACAGCUACGGGGGCGCCUGGUACAUGGUGGCCAAAGGCUGCGGACAGUGCCUCAACUUCAACUGCACCUUCGUCAUGGUGCUGAUGCUGCGUCGCUGUCUAACGUGGCUGAGGGCAACCUGGGUGGUGAGGAUUUUACCUCUGGACCAGAACAUCUUACUGCAUCAGAUCGUAGGCUACGCCAUCCUCUGCUUCACGCUGGUUCACACCACCGCUCACAUCUUCAACUUCGUCCAGCUGUCAGAGGGCAGUGAGUACAGUCUGUGGGAGUACCUGCUGACCACUCGUCCGGGGAUCGGCUGGGUGAAGGGGACGGCCUCGGUGACCGGAGUCGUUCUGCAGGUGGUGAUCUGCCUCAUGGUUCUCUGCUCCAGCACGUUCGUCCGACGAAGCGGACACUUUGAGGUGUUUUACUGGUCUCACCUGUCCUUCGUCUGGGUCUGGUCCCUGCUCAUGGUUCACUGUGCAAACUUCUGGAAGUGGUUCGUGGUCCCAGGUCUGGUUUUCCUCCUGGAGAAGAUCGUGGGCAUCGCUGUUUCUCGUAUGGGAGGUCUUUACAUCGUGGAGGUCAACCUGCUGCCGUCAAAGGUGACUCACCUGGUGAUCAAACGUCCUCAGUUCUUCCAUUUCAAACCUGGAGAUUACGUCUACAUCAACAUCCCCGUGAUCGCCAAGUACGAGUGGCAUCCGUUCACCAUCAGCAGCGCUCCAGAACAGUCAGAUUCUCUGUGGCUUCACGUGCGCUCGAUGGGUCAGUGGACGAACCGACUGUACGAGUACUUCAGACAACCAGAGAGUCAGACGGUCAGUCACAAGAGACUGGCCACGAGUCUGAGGGACCGUAGACAGCUGAUGAAGGCCCAGGAGGAGUUGUUCAGCUCCUCAGACUGUAACACCGCCGUAGCGUCUAACGAGGACGACGCCAUCGAGCUGACCAUGUACCGACAGAACGGCUCCCGGUCCUGCGUGACCCCGGUGGAGCCUCCUCUGGACGAGCUGGGGCCGGCAGAAAGAGGAGAGGCUCCUCCGCUCAGAGAGGUUUCUGCCAAGUUUGGUGAAAACCACCGGUUCUGUAACAUCAAGUGUUACGUAGACGGACCGUACGGGACUCCCACCAGACAGAUCUUUGCCUCUGAACACGCCGUCCUGAUCGGAGCCGGUAUCGGGAUCACGCCCUUCGCCUCCAUCCUGCAGAGCAUCAUGUACCGAUACCGCCGGAGGAAGCAGAACUGUCCCAACUGUAACUACUCCUGGUGUGAAAACAUCAAAGACAGCGACAUGAAGCUUCGCAAAGUGGACUUCAUCUGGAUCAACAGAGACCAGAAGUCAUUUGAAUGGUUUGUGAGUUUACUGACUAAACUGGAGAUGGACCAGGCUGAUGAGGAGCCAGAAGGCCGCUUCCUGGAGAUGCACAUGUACAUGACGUCAGCUCUCAGUAAGAACGACAUGAAGGCCAUCGGCCUGCAGAUGGCGCUGGACCUGCUGGCCAAGAAGGAGAAGAGAGACUCCAUCACUGGACUGAGGACCAGGACCCAACCUGGAAGACCUGAGUGGGGGAAGGUGUUUCAGAAGGUGUCUGAGGAGAAUAAAGGGAAGGUCCACGUGUUUUACUGCGGCUCUCCUGCUCUGGCUAAAGUCAUCAAAGCUCAGUGUGAACACUUCGGCUUCAACUUCUACAAGGAAAACUUCUGAGGAGGUUUCCUGCUGUUCAACACACAACUCCUGCUGUGCCAUCCUCUGUGUGUGUGUGUGUGUGUGUGUGUGUGUGUGUGUGUGUGUGUGUGUGUGUGUGUGUGAGACUCCUGGUUUUCUCCAUAACGACCGUCUGUGUUGUGUUUCCUCCUCAGUUUGUUGGACAGUCUGACAUUUGUGUUAGUUCUUCUCAUAUAUGCACUGUGUGGUUUCAUGGUUUUCCUGGUGACACAUCGUCUUAUAUAACCAACCUGUGUAGGUCUUUAAUGACUCGUUUCUGUCUGAAUAUAGAACAUCUAUCAGAUUGUUUCUCUUCUCAUUAAAGGAAAGUCUCCUCUGAUCUCUUCAUUGAUCCAAUCAGUUUCUUACAUUCAGCACAGAAACAACAGAAACUGCAUCUAGAGUCGAUGAAGCAGCUGUGAGGCUGUAAUAAAUAAGAAUAAUAAAUAAAACUGUUGGAUGGUUUAUUCAACAGCAACAACACAAUACACAGUGAUUUACAUGAGACAUAACAAGAGACACAAACUGUUUGAAAAGUCACAGAAAUUUAAAAAGAGCUGUUCACAGUUUGUACCUUUUAAACCGUUUCACAUUUUGUUUGUGGAAGAGAUCUGUGAGGAACUUUCCAAAUAUAUCUGAGACUAAAACAGAAAUAUCAUCAGAAUCACACCAUCAAACAUCAUGUGUUGUGGUAAUAACUGGUGGAAAGCAGUUUUCCAUUUUCUGCUGCUUCAUAUUUAAACUCACCUCAGAGGUAAAUAUUGUACAUUUAUCACAGUGACUCUGCAGAUUCACAGCACUGAAACAAAACUUGAUUAACAUGUAAAUAACGAUGAAACUGCUCGGCAGUGUGAGAAUAGUUAGAAUCAGCUUCACCAUCACCAACAUGAAAGUGAUGAACAUGUUAAUGCAUCAAUGAUCAGAAUACAAAAAAGAAAAAAAACAUUUUAAAAAUGUUCUUCUUUUUCUGUUUUUCCUUUUUUUUCAAUGAAUUUAAAACUUUAAAGUGAAAAGGUGUCAGUUGUUUUUAGUCCCAUGUCUGUCUGUCUGUCUGUGAUGCUUUAGUGGUAGAUAACAAUUAAACUAAAUACAUUUAUUAAACCAAAAGGUUUUGUAAAUCACAAAGUAUAAUAAUAAUCAUACAUACAUUCAUAUUCUGUAUAUUAUUCAUAUUAUUACUAUUACUGUUCAUUGAUUACUUUUACUUUUGCUACUGAAGUAUAUAUUUUGCCAUUACUUCUGUACUUUUACUGAAGUAACGUCUUGAAUGCUGUUACAGAGUAUUUCUGUUCUGUGGUAUUAGUACUACGAAGUACAACAUGUGAGUACUUCUUCCACCACUUGAAGUAUUAGUACCUAUUACUGUUAUUUGAGGCUGUGACUGGUGGCUAAUUUUCCUCUGACAUAAUCAGCUGUUUACAUCAUCAAUAAAACAUCCUUGGUUUCCAUGGCAACCACCGCGUUCAUUUCCUGAAAUGGCUUCAAUGGAAGUGAAGUUAAUAAUGUUUUAGUUCGUGAUGGUUUCAGUGAAUAUCUUUAAACUGAUAAA